ACUCGAACGCGCGACGGCGGGGGGGAAGAUGGCGGAGUCCGGCGGUAGCAGCGGCGGUGCUGGUGGCGGCGGCGCUUUCGGCGCGGGCCCGGGCCCCGAGCGCCCGAACAGAACCGUUCUAGGGCUUUGGUUCACUUCUCGUGGGUUGGGAAGCCGACCAUGGAGAUGAGGCCAGCCUGGGGCCGGAGGAGGGGCGCCUGCCCUGACAGCAUGGCCGACAAGAACGGGGCCCUCAAGUGCACCUUCUCGGCGCCCAGCCACAGCACCAGCCUCCUGCAGGGCCUGGCCACCCUCCGCGCUCAGGGCCAGCUCCUCGAUGUUGUGCUGACUAUUAACAGAGAGGCCUUUCCUGCACACAAGGUCGUCCUGGCUGCCUGCAGCGACUACUUCAGGGCCAUGUUCACCGGCGGCAUGCGGGAGGCAAGCCAGGACAUCAUCGAGCUGAAGGGCGUGUCGGCCCGUGGCCUGCGGCACAUCAUCGACUUCGCCUACAGCGCCGAGGUGACACUGGACCUGGACUGUGUGCAGGACGUGCUGGGCGCGGCUGUGUUCUUGCAGAUGCUGCCCGUGGUGGAGCUGUGCGAGGAGUUCCUGAAGGCGGCCAUGAGCGUGGAGACCUGCCUCAACAUCGGCCAGAUGGCCACCACCUUCAGCCUGGCCUCGCUGCGGGAGUCGGUGGAUGCCUUCACCUUCCGGCACUUCCUGCAGAUCGCUGAGGAGGAGGACUUCCUGCGCCUGCCGCUGGAGCGCCUGGUCUUCUUCCUGCAGAGCAACCGGCUGCAGAGCUGCGCCGAGAUCGACCUGUUCCGCGCAGCCGUCCGCUGGCUGCAGCAUGACCCGGCCCGGCGGCCGCGCGCCAGCCACGUGCUCUGCCACAUUCGCUUCCCGCUCAUGCAGUCGUCCGAGCUGGUGGACAGCGUGCAGACGCUGGACAUCAUGGUGGAGGACGUGCUGUGCCGCCAGUACCUGCUGGAGGCCUUCAACUACCAGGUGCUGCCCUUCCGGCAGCAUGAGAUGCAGUCUCCGCGCACCGCCGUGCGCUCGGACGUGCCCUCGCUGGUCACCUUCGGCGGCACGCCCUACACUGACAGCGACCGCUCGGUCAGCAGCAAGGUCUACCAGCUGCCCGAGCCGGGCGCCCGCCACUUCCGCGAGCUCACGGAGAUGGAGGUAGGCGGCAGCCACACGUGCGUGGCCGUGCUGGACAAUUUUGUGUACGUGGCGGGGGGCCAGCACCUGCAGUACCGCAGCGGCGAGGGCGCAGUGGACGCCUGCUACCGCUACGACCCCCACCUGAAUCGCUGGCUGCGCCUGCAGGCCAUGCAGGAGAGCCGCAUCCAGUUCCAGCUGAACGUGUUGUGCGGCAUGGUGUAUGCCACGGGCGGCCGCAACCGAGCCGGCAGCCUGGCCUCCGUGGAGCGGUACUGCCCCCGGCGCAAUGAGUGGGGCUAUGCCUGCUCGCUGAAGCGCCGUACCUGGGGCCACGCUGGGGCCGCCUCAGGGGGCCGCCUCUACAUCUCGGGUGGCUACGGGAUCUCAGUGGAGGACAAGAAGGCCCUGCACUGCUACGACCCCGUGGCCGACCAGUGGGAGUUCAAGGCGCCCAUGAGCGAACCCCGCGUGCUGCACGCCAUGGUGGGCGCCGGCGGCCGCAUCUAUGCCCUCGGGGGCCGCAUGGACCACGUGGACCGCUGCUUCGACGUGCUGGCUGUGGAGUACUAUGUGCCUGAGACAGACCAGUGGACCAGCGUGAGCCCCAUGCGGGCCGGCCAGUCAGAGGCCGGCUGCUGCCUGCUGGAGAGGAAGAUCUACAUUGUCGGGGGCUACAACUGGCAGCUCAACAACGUCACGGGCAUCGUACAGGUGUACAACACGGACACCGACGAGUGGGAGCGGGACCUGCACUUCCCGGAGUCCUUCGCGGGCAUAGCCUGCGCCCCCGUCCUGCUGCCCCGGGCUGGGACCAGGAGGUAGCCCUCAAGACCCCCGGGAUCCUGGCCUGACCGAAUGUUGUCUCCAAGUGGGGCUUGGCGAGUGCACGUCUGCCUGAGAACCCCAGUGCCCCCCUUCGCCCAGGCUGCCCUUGAGGGGCCUGCCGCGUUGAUAAGCCCCCCUCCCAGGGGUCCCUCCCUCCCUCCUUCCCAAAGCAGAUCCUGGCUCCGAGUCCAUCCGAGGGAGCCUGCCUGCGAAGCGUCUGACAUGUGGUGGCAGCAAAUUCGUCCCCGGGGUGGUUUCCUCGCCUGUCCCCCGAGUCCCCGCGGGCUGGGGGGUGGAAUCCCAGGUCUCCAGGGGGUCCCCGUGCAGCUCCAUCUCACUUCUCUACCGCCUCCCAGCCCCCACGGUUUCAGGCAUUCAGAUGUGAGCUCAUCAGCAUUGAACCCAAAGUCGGUGGUAUAUGACUCACCCUCCUUCCAAGUCUCCUGCGCGCGUGUUUUUAAAAUAAACUCACCCGAAACGUCCAUA